AUGGGGAAGCGAGUUGAUUUCUCAGCCGGUACUGUUAUCACACCAUAUCCAAAUAUUAACAUUGAUGAAUUGGGUGUGCCAUGGAGUAUUGCUUUGAAUCUGACAUAUCCAGAAACUGUCACUUCUUAUAACAUUGAGAGGUUGAAGGAACUUGUACUAAAUGGGCCUCAUCCUCCCUCGGGGAAGACAUGUGCAAAGUACAUUAUCAGGGAAGAUGGUCAGAGGCUUGAUCUUUGUUAUGUGAAGAAAAGCAGUGAUCAGCAUUUGGAGCUUAGUUACAAGAUGAUCCAAAGCGUCAGUAUUACCAGACUUUUUCCUCGCUUUCCCCCUGAAGGGACACUCUCAUUGAAAAGUGCUAAGGAUAGUGUGAUGAAACUUAUUAAACAAGCACGCGACAAGAAAUUGGAAGCUGAGCCAGGACGCACCAUGAUCGAGUCAUUUGAAAAUAAAGUAAAUGAGGUUCUCAACACGGCUGGUAAUAUGGUUGGAAGCAGUGCGCAGAAGAGCUUGUCUGACAGCAACAAUUUGAAGGCUAUGGUCACUGUAGACUCAAAAGGCACUUUCAUUAACAUUUCGCAAAUGGCUGCUUGUGUUGGACAGCAAAAUAUUGAGGGCAAGCGGAUCCCAUUUGGUUUCAGUGGUCAAACAUUGCCACAUUUCACAAAAAAUGACUAUGGGCCUGAAAGUAGUGGAUUUAUGGAGAACUCUUACCUUCAGGGUGGUAGAGAAGGACUGAUUGAUACGGCUGUGAAGACUUCAGAGACUGGGUAUAUCCAACGGAGGCUUGUGAAAGCUAUGGAGGACAUCACGGUGAAGUAUGAUGGCACUGUAAGAAAUUCCUUGGGAGAUGUCAUUCAGUUUCUAUAUGGGGAAGAUGGUAUGGGUGCUAUUUGGAUUGAAGAACAGAAUUUGGACUCUUUGAAGAUGAAAAAGGAUGAGUUUGAUACUGUAUUCCGAUAUGAUCUGGAUGAUGAGAAUUGGAGGCCUAACUACUUGCUACCUGCCCAUUUUGAUGAUUUGAAGACCAUCAGUGAAUUCAGAAGUGUGUUAGAGGUGGAGGUUCAUAAGCUAGAAGCUGACAGGUUCCAGCUUGGGACUGAGAUUGCUGCAAAUGGUAAUCAUACAUGGCCUUUGCCUGUCAACCUCAAGCGGCUUAUCUGGAAUGCUCAGAAGACAUUCAAGAUUGACAUCAGAACAUGUUCUGACAUGCACCCAGUAGAAAUUUUGGAAGUGAUAGAUAAGCUGCAAGAAAGACUGAAAGUUGUGCCUGGUGAUGAUGCUAUAAGCAUUGAGGCUCAGAAGAAUGCCAUCUUGUUCUUUAAUAUCCAUCUUCGUGCCACAUUUGCUAGCAAGAGGGUCUUGAAGGAAUACAGGCUUGCAAGGGAAGCAUUUGAGUGGAUUAUCGAUGAGAUUGUUUGGAGGUUUUCACAGUCAUUGGUGGCCCCUAGUGAAAUGAUUGGAUGUGUUGCUGCGCAGUCCAUUGGGGAACCAACAACUCAAAUGACUCUGAAUACCUUCCAUUUUGCUGGUGUCAGUGCCAAGAAUGUUACCCUUGGAGUUCCCAGAUUGAGAGAGAUCAUUAAUGUCGCCAAGAAGAUAAAAACUCCAUCGUUGUCUCUUUACCUAAAGCCUAGGUACACCACACUGCGUAGUGUGACUCAUGCCACUGAAGUAUGGUAUGAUCCUGAUCCUAUGGGAACCAUCAUUGAAGAGGAUUUGGAAUUUGUCCAGUCAUAUUAUGAAAUGCCUGAUGAGGAUAUUGACCCGGAUAAGAUUUCUCCUUGGCUGCUGCGUAUUGAGCUUAAUCGGGAGAUGAUGGUUGAUAAGAAGUUGAGCAUGGCUGAUAUCGCCAACAAGAUCAACCGUGAAUUUGAUGGCGACUUAUCAUGCAUAUUCAGUGAUGACAAUGCAGAUAAACUUAUUCUUCGCCUGCGCAUCAUAACUGAUGAAGCUUCAAGAGGAGAAAUACUAGAUGAGUCUGCUGAGGAUGAAGUUUUCGUCAAGAAGAUAGAGAGUAACAUGUUGGUAGAGAUGUCUCUUCGAGGCAUUCUGGAUAUUAAAAAGAAGGUGUUAAUCUCUAUCAUGUGUCAUGAGGAUGUUGAUGCUACAAGAACAACAAGUAACCAUUUGACUGAAGUGAUUGAGGUUCUUGGAAUUGAGGCUGUUCGUCGAGCUCUCUUUGAUGAACUUCGGGCAAUCAUAUCUUUUGAUAGAUCCUAUGUAAAUUAUAGGCAUCUGGCUGUUCUUUGGGAUACAAUGACAUACAGAGGUCAUAUGAUGGCUAUUACAAGGCAUGGUAUCAAUCGCAAUGACACUGAACCUCUUAUGAGAUGUUCUUUUGAAGAAAUUGUGAAUAUCCUGCUCGAUGCUGCUGUACAUGCCGAAUCUGACUACUUGAGAGGUUUCACUGAGAACAUUAUGCUUGGCCAGCUUGCUCCUAUUGGUACUGGAGGCUGCGCACUAUUUCUAAAUGACCAGAUGCCGCAGCAGGCCAUUGAACUUCAACUCCCAAGCUAUGUGGAUGGUUUGGACAUUGGCAUCACACCAGCACCUUCACCUCUCUCUGGGUCACCAUAUCAUGAAGGAUUGAUGUCCCUGAGUCAUCUCCUGAGUCCAGAUUUCAGGCAUUCCCCCAUUGAUACAUAUGCUUCAUUUUCGCCAUAUGUCAAAGAUAUGUCAUUGUCACAUGUUCCUUCACAAGGUGGUUACUCACAAUCAUUGUUGUCAGGGGGAUACAAUCCUAGGUCGGAAAGUCCAACUGUUCACGGUGGUUACCGAGCUUACUCAACCGACUUUACCAUCAUAUUCAUUACCAAGUCUUCGUUAACCGUUUUGAACGGGCGACCCAACCAGGGCCAAUUGAUGACUCUGGAAGACCUAGCCCAGAUUAUAGUCCAACAUCUCCAAAUUUCAGGAUGGAUGCCCUGCUGCGGAGAAAAGACUGAGGUGGAUCGGACAGUGAAGGAGAAGCUUGUCACUAAGGAGAACGUGAAGAAUGACAGCACUGGAUAUGAUGGCAUUCGUGCUUCAAUAAAGGAAGCAAAAGGAUUUAAAGACAAGCCAAAUCUUAGUCCAAUUGGUUAG